GCCGCCAUCUUGGUAGGGGCAGACAUCGCCGCCAUCUUGGUAGAGGUGGAGUUUGCUGAGGCGGGGAGCGACCAUGGGUUUGAAGAUUUACUUCUGCGGGAGCAUCAGGGGCGGGCGGCAGGACGUGGAAAUCUACCACAGGAUCAUCAGCUGCUUAAAGACGUUCGGCCAAGUUCUCACAGAGCAUGUUGGCGGCGUGCACUUGCUGGAACAAGGUGAGGAGCUGAAGACAGGAGAUAAAUAUAUCCACGACCGGGACUUGGACUGGCUGCAUGAAGCUGAUGUGAUUGUGGCUGAGGUGACACAGCCGUCCCUAGGAGUCGGCUAUGAGAUCGGAAGAGGCGUAGCACUGAACAAGCGGAUCCUGUGUCUGUUCCGGUCAGCAUCUAAUCGAGUGCUGUCAGCAAUGAUCCGGGGAGCGGAGAAUGGCAGUGACUUUCACGUGGAGGACUACGCAGAAGAGACAGUGGAGAGGAUCUUACAACAGUAUUUCCAGAUUCCAAGCAACUGCAAGCACCUGAGUGACACUGUGACUAACUAAAGAAGGAAAUAAGGAUUAAUCUGGAGCCUGCACUUGUGAUUUCAAAUACAAAAAUAUUUUUCAA